UACGGUUUUUGUAUGUGGAAUUUUGACGUCCACUGAAAUUUAUACGGACAUUUUCACUUUUGCCAAAGGAUGUUACUGCGGGAGAGCAACAUGGCGACAGUUUUAAGUACGGACGAAGAAAAGAUAACUCGUCAAUUCUUGGAACACUUGAAUAGAGUAAGAGCGCAAUACAAUGUUCCACCUGUGUCAUGGAGUACAGCUGUCCGUUUCCUCAUGGCUAGGAAGUUUGAUGUCAAAAGAGCUCUAGACCUCUUCCGAAGUCACGGGGAGUUGAGGGUACGAGAAGGAUUGUUAAACUUCAACCCGACAGAGGAACCAGUCAGCAGAGAACUAUUAUCAGAAAAAUUCACAGUCCUGCCAUUCCGAGAUGCUGGCGGUGCGGCCAUAGCUCUCUUCUCAGCCCGCUACCACGCCCCACACUCAACACCCACCCAGGCAGUACUCCAAGCUGCUGUGUUUCAACUCGACCAGGCUCUUAGCAGUUACGAGACGCAGAGGAACGGGUUAACAUGGAUCUACAACAUGACGGGAUCCUCUUUCACGAACUUUGACCUGACCAUGAGCAAGAAGCUACUGGGCAUGCUCAGAGACGGGUACCCAGCACGGCUGAAGCGCAUCUACGUCGUUACACCCCCUCUAUGGUUCAAAGCCAUGUAUAAGAUCCUCACACCAAUGCUGAAGGAGAAGAUGAAAGAAAGAGUAACCCUAGUAAGUGCUGAGAGACUAUGUCGAUACUUACCGGCCACCUCGUUGCCCAAAGACCUCGGUGGAACAGCAGAGAUCAACCAUCUAGAUUGGCUCAACUCAUGUCUGGACCAAAACAGCGAUAAGAACCGCAACUCACGCGAUCUGAGCGAUGCCCUCGUAGAUACACCAGAGGCCCUAGAGGCCAACCAGAAAGCAGUAGAACUGUACGCUCCCGAGAGGAUCGAUAGGAUCCCCGAUUUAGGCUCCCCUUCAGGAGGGUUCAAAGUGGACAUUAGCCUUAGAGGUAGUACGGAAAGUCUGGAGUCAAGUCAUAGCGGCACGCAGUCAGACCCCAUCCGUGGCAGCAUAGAGGAUAUGAAAACAAAUGGUAGUAGUAGCGACAGCGCCAAUGGUACAGGUAACGGUCAACACAUCACAGACUCUCUGGGCAAUGGCUCCUUAAAAGACCACAGAUUUCGGGACAUGGAUGAUGAGGAGAAGAUACUGAAGGACGCAAAGGAAAAAUACGAAACUGAAAUUGUGGAAAAGGACGCUGACGGCGACGGUAUCCCGGAAGGUCCACCGCCCAAACCACCUCGCCCCCGACCCAACGAUUCACCACCCCCAGUUCCAGAUCGAAGGGAUCUACCCGAUUUCUCCGCCACAGAAUCGGUGCACCAGUCGACGGAUAGCGGUAUGGACAUUGAGGCGUUGGUGUCCUAUGUUCUCAACAUGAGGCAAAGUGGGAUUUACAAGGAGUAUGCAGCCAUAAGAGCUGAACCUCCUGCAGGGACAUUCUAUGCAUCAAAACACAGGCUGAAUGUGCAUAAGAACCGGUAUGCUGAUGUCCUCUGUUACGACCAUUCCAGAGUCUUCUUACCCAUACUCAACGGAGAUCCCUACUCUGAUUACCUCAAUGCUAACUACAUGGAUGGAUACAAGCAGAAAAAUGCCUUCAUCGCUACACAGGGCGCUUUACCAAAGACUUUCAGCGACUUCUGGCUCAUGAUCUGGGAAAGUCAAUGCAGGACCAUCGUCAUGACAACCAGGACGGUGGAGAGAGGGAGGCUGAAGUGCGGCCAGUACUGGCCACUGGAGGAGGGAACAUCAGGAGAGUACGGGAAGAUAUCUGUGGCCAAUUUGGAGAUUGAGACCAGGAGAGAUUACACCAUCACAGUGCUGACGGUUCACAACAGCACGACCAAUGAAAGCAGGAGAAUAACCCACUUCCAGUUUACAAGCUGGCCAGACUUUGGGACGCCGCGCUCUGCCCUGGCCAUGCUAGAGUUCAGGGAGGAGGUGAGGCAGUACCAGUCAACAUCGGUCAAGGAGAUGGGAGACGAGUGGACCGGUCACCCAGGAGGUCCUCCCAUCGUGGUCCACUGCAGCGCUGGUAUCGGUAGGACAGGAACUUUCUGUACCCUUGACAUCAGCCUGGCUCGUCUAGAGGAUGUGGCUACAAUCGACGUCUGCAACACAGUACGUCUCAUGAGAGCCCAGCGUGCCUAUAGCAUCCAAACACCAGACCAGUACGAAUUCUGUUACUUUGCUCUCGUGGAGUACGCCCAGCGCUCCGACAAGCUCCCGUCGUCCAUCGAUUUCAGCGGGUACGAGGAUAGCGAGAGCGACAGUGAUGAUUAGAACCUUCGGAGGAACCUUCGGAGGAACCUUAGAGUAACCUUUCUGUUGCCACAGGCACUUGUUGCAAUGACUAAUGAGGAUAGGUAUCCUGGGUAGUGUGAAGUUGAAAGACAUAUUGUAAUACCUCUGGAAAAGCAAGACAUGGAUGGUUCGAAGGAUCACUGCACAGGGUGGACGAAAUUUGCCAAAGUUUAAGACUUCUUGUGAAAGGAGCGCUCCUGUAGAGAAUGGAAACUGCAUACAAAUCUAGUGUCAUCAUCGACUAUGAUGAAGGGAUCAAAACACAGUGGACGUCAUUAUCACUUUGACAUCGUACAUCAUAGUCAGUUCUAUUCACUCUUUCACAUGCCUUGUAGGCCUUGUAGCCCAGUGGUUGCAUACAGAUGGUACCAAAUGUUGAGGACUCUCAAGGAAUACUUUGGACUUGGACCUGAAUAUGAGCAUCUGCUGCAACCCCGGAGAGAUUCCUAUAGGAGGUCGACAGAUAGGCCAUUAGGGAGAAACAGAGAGAGGCCAUUCUAUGGAAUACUGAACAGUUUGGCAGGUGUCCCAGCUCACAGCAGUUCUCCAUCUGUAGUGGAUUUCUGCGUGCGUGAGACUGCUUCACAGAAGAGAAAGAGAGGGCUCAAGAGAGAUAUCAUCUUCGAAGAUUGGACAGUACAGACUAGAAAUGAAACUUUUCUGCAGUCCUUGAGUACGGGGUAAUCACUAACCUUGAAAGGCACCGUACCGACGAAGACUAAAUGUACGGAGAGUGAGAAGAUAAAGUGUUAUUAUCAGCACCAUGGGAUGUGAUGACGAUGGCAAGCAGGUCUCAAGGAGAAAAGAACCCCCUGUGGCUAACUUUGAGACUACCACCCUGAUAUUUUGGGGUAUGUCACGGCACAAAGAAAAUAGAGGGAGAAAUUAAAAUGAUAUGUGUUGUAUAUUUCAUCUCAUCAAGUAAGAAAUCAUCUGUUGAGGGCCAGAAAGGCAUAAGCUGCGUCUUUAACGGAUGUGACCUAGUGCCCUUCUGGCUCUCCAUACAUGAUAUGUUCAGCUCCCAAGAGGGAAGUGCUUAGUGACCUCAUCGUAGUAUCCAGUAUUUCAAUUCAGUAUGAAGCAAAUGUCAAACAAAAAGAUAUUUUUCGGGUAUGUACGAAAGGGUUGAAAAAGAUAAUAUUCUGUCAUAAAUAAAAGAGAAAAUACUAUAUAUUUUAUAAUUUCUGCCUAUUUAUAUUAACCAUAAGAGAUGUUGUGGUGGUGUACGAGAAUUUACGGUAAAAAUAAUAGCUCAGAUUGAGUACGUAUGUUGCAUAUGAUCAUGUAUAUAUUUAUAUAUUUAAGUAUACUAUUUAGUUUCCAAGAUGUAAAUGAUACUUGCUACCAUGUACAUGUUUGUGUAAUUGUUGUCUGUUUACAAGUAUUUGUUCUGAUCUGUCAUGCAAGCUUGUGUCUUGGCUAUUGUCUUUGAUGCACACGUUUGCUUUGUCAUGAAUAGAUCAUGAUUAUUUAGAAAGAUUGCAUUAAUACCAAUUCACAUUUAAGAGAAAAAGAGGGCGAGACAUUUUCAAUCCCUCCAUGGGGUUUCAAGGUUGGAGCAUCUGUAAUUUCUUUUUGUGCACAUGUUUUGCGUUCAAGCUAAUAACAAGAUAAUAACUAUGUGUUGUUACGCAUCACCUUAAAAUAUGCGCUUGAACUAAUAAAGUGGUGUAAGUUUACUGCCAAACUUGGUCGAGCACGUUUUCAUGUAAACAGGGCCAGAUGCAGUUAAGUUAAGUAAGUGCACAAGUCAAGGGUAGUUUGCACAAGAAAGAGAUUUAUACGUAGCAGUAAGUCAAAAUAGUGAUUGAAUAAAAUCAAAAUUAUUUUAUUGCCAUGGCACACCCAAUUAGCUUUUUAUUUUGUUACCACAAAAAGAGUAAAAUAUUAAAGAUCAUGAGACCUCAAAAAUAAAUUGCGAUUAUGAUUGUUGUUUUUUGGUCAUAUUAGCUGGAAUAUCUGGAGAUUGACUUGUUAACAAUGUGUAGAAUGAAACUUACUUGUUGAAUGACCUAGUAAUUCCGUAUCGCAUUCAUUUUGUUGUGUAUAUUUUGCUGCACUAUGCAAGUCAUUUGUAACAGACAAAAGAAAAACUACUUCAUGACAUCUACCUGCGUGUGUCCAGUUUGGACCGAUUCAUAUCCUAUCAUAUUUCAUAACUGAAAGAGUUGAUAUUCAGGCACCUUUGCAGUGGGGAAUAAUUGAGGGGAAUAAUUAUACACUUUUUAUGUAAUUUUAUUUAAUUACUUCCUUCUUAUUAUGUGAAUUGUUGAACUGAAGACUCUGCACAAAGAAGUAGUUUGAAAGUAGUAUUUCUGUUUAAUCCUUGAAAUACCUGAUUAUCUAUAUUAUAAUUUUGUUAUCUACAUUUAAAUGGAAAAUAGCUUUGUUCUUCUUCCUAUUUUGCUGUACUAAAUACACAUUGAAUGGAAUGAAUGCUAUGAUAUUUUAGUAUCUUUAAAGCAAGCAAACUUGAACCAAUCCUUGAAACUUUUUUAUUUGAGCGUUAAAGGUAUUUGAAAUGAACAGUGUAUUUUGUAGAAUGGAGAAGACAUAUUUUCAGGUUCGUAGCUCCACUUAUUGGAUUAAUGUUUCAAAUAAUUGUACAGUUGAUAAUUAAUAAUUACAAGAUUUGAAUUUGGCUCGAGUUCAUAUGUCCUCUCUGCACUCAUCAGUGAGAUCAUUUAUUCACCCCCCCCCCCCCUUGAUUUUAUGAUUUUAAAUGAGCGAUUAUCCAAAAUAGGAUUAUCAUAAAUGUUUAUAAGUUGGCCCAUACAUCUUUCUUAAGCUACUUGUACACUCAAAAUCUAAUAUGGGUUAUUAGUUGAAGAAAAAUAAUGCAUUUAAAUAAUAUAAUUUGAUUUUGUAUUGAUAGGGGUAGUAGACAUUUUAUAUUCCACAGGGGAAGGUAAUAGGAUGUAUUUAACUUGCCAUUAUUUCAGAUUUAUUUAAUAUUGGUUAUAUUAUACUUGUUUCGCACAUAUACAUGUAUACAAGUACCUGUAUGUAUGUACUGUAUGUAAGCUGUUUCUACAUAUUUCUGUAUCUGAGUAUGUUUGCUAUGGUAUGGCGAGUAUGUAAAUACUGAUUGUAUGAUGUUUUUUUUUUCUCUUUUAUUUUCUUCUUUAUUUCUCUGUGGGGUGGACGUGGUGAUGUCUAUGUAGUGCAUUUGGACAUUAAUGUUGAAGUUUGUCUCUUAUCAAGUGUUCAGAGAGUUUGAACAAACCUGAUGUGAAUAUUACAAAAGAGAAAUCACUGUCAUCAUA